CUUGGCCAAAAAUAAGGCCACAUUUUUGAUUUUGGCUUCAUUUUUUCCCUCAACAUUAAAGGCAAAUGCAGCGAGGAAACAGGCCUACAGUCUGUGGCUCCAACCGGGACGAGAAGCUUCGGAAGGCGGCCGAUCCUCGCAGGAGUCUUACCUUAGGUGUUUGUCUGCGGCUCGGAGAGAACGACCCAACCAGUGCUGCUGCUGAACCAGCUGGAGUCCUGGCCGCUGCCCGUCCGCCUUUUAUACCGGCCGUCCGCCAUUCACAAAGCUCAGCACUGGCCCCCAUCCCGGCCCUCGGCCAUAUUAGGAUGCUGCCCGGCACCGGCGGCGGGAGUGGGUGGGUAGGUGUGUUCGCGGGGGCAGAGGGGUUCUGGUGGGGGUGGCUCUCAUUGAUGGGGGUCCAGAGUGACGCUGUGCGCCCCCAGCGAGCAGAGCGGGCGCUCCAUGUAUGGGCCUGUCGCUCUGACCUCCCUUCGAGCCCCGCGGACCCACCUAGACGGCCGUAUAAGGAGCCGCCGCGGGCCGCCGGGGGGUUUCUAUGGGAGAUGCCAGUUGCUGCCAAGCAGGGUUAUAGAUUUGCUGCUAGUUGGCCUCAUCCGGCCUUAAAAUGGGAAAGACGCUUCCCUCAUGUGAACCGAUUUAGGCCGCAGAGCGCAGAGCCGGGACGGUCCGGCUGAGGCCGAUGGAUUCAUGGAAAGCAACUGGAUGGAAACCUGUAGGGGUUUCUUACGUUUCUAAUUAUGAAAUGCAAC